ACUAUGGAAUGUUUUGGCUACACGUACAACAGUGAAUUCAGGUCAAAAUUAGAACGAUAAGGCUGUUGUACUAUCGCUGAGUAGUAGGCGAAUUGCACCACAAGUUUUCAACACCAUGGAUAUUGUAACUUCGUUAUUCGUCCUUUCAGCCACUGCAACAGUUCAUGGGGCAUCAUUUAAUCCAUGUCCUGACUCAUGGUACUUACAUGGGCGCUCGUGUUAUGGAUUUGUUAAAGAUAUCAAAACCGACUGGAUCGAAGCAGGGGCAUUCUGCGAGAGGUUCAGUUCUUUCCUGGUGGAGGUUGAUACAAAGGAUGAAAAUGACUUCUUACGAAACCACAUAGGAACAAAUCACGAUACAUACUGGUUAGGCGCCACGGAUGCAUUCUCAGAUGGCAAUUGGAUAUGGGUUGGCAAUCAGCGCCCAAUGACAUUCUUAGGGUGGUCCCCUGGAGAACCAGCCAAUGGUGCAGGUGCAGCUUGCCUGACGUUAGCGGGGAAUUUAAACCACCACUGGAACGAUGAUUAUUGUGAUCGGAAAUAUGGCUUUAUCUGUGAAAAAGAGAUUGAACUAGCUAUGGGUGGAGGAGGAUUAGUCGGUUGAUGAUUUUACUAAAGAAUUAAAUGACAUGUUCUCUAUUACCAUCA